AAGAAACGCUGGUUCGUCUUGCGCAGCGGCCGGAUGAGUGGCGACCCCGACGUCCUGGAGUACUACAAAAAUGACCACUCCAAGAAACCUUUGCGUGUGAUCAACCUCAAUUUCUGUGAGCAAGUGGACGCGGGCCUGACCUUCAACAAGAAGGAGCUGCAAGACAGCUACAUCUUCGACAUCAAGACCACCGACAGGACCUUCUACCUAGUGGCUGAGACCGAGGACGACAUGAACAAGUGGGUUCGCAGCAUCUGCCAGAUCUGUGGCUUCAACCAGUCCGAGGAGAACACAGAUACCCUGAGGAGCAUCGCCUCCAUGAACCACGGGCCACGGUCCUCCCCAGCAGAGCUUAGCGGUGCCAGCCAUCACCUGCUGCGAGAGCGCAAGUCCUCAGCACCGUCCCACUCCAGCCAGCCCACCCUGUUCACCUUUGACUCGCCCACCAGCCACCUCCAGAGCACCCUGUCUGCCAGUGCCCCCCAGGAUUACCUUUUCCUCCACCAGUGUAUGAGCAGAAAGUCAGAAAACGCAAGGAGUGCCAGCUUCUCCCAAGCCACAAGGUCUGCCUUCUUCAUGCGGAGUGACACAGCAGUCCAGAAGCUCUCACAGGGCAACGGGCACUGUGUGAAUGGGGUCGGCGGGCAGCUCCACGGCUUUUACAGCCUGCCAAAACCGAGCCGGCACAACUCGGAGUUCAGGGACAGUGCGUAUGACCUCCCACGCGCCUUCGGUUCCUACACCCACCCCAAGUUGAGCCUCACCAGCUCCGAAACAGAUAAUGAGGAGGUCUACACCUACAAGACUCCCAACAACACCCUAUGCAAGGAGUUUGGGGAGCUCUCCACGGACUCCUAUGACAUCCCUGCCACCCCACUCUCCAUCUACCAGAUCCCCAGGACAUUUACACUGGACAAGAACCACAACGCUCUGGCCGUGGCUGCCAGCGACUCACCUGCCGCGCCACCCCCGCGGCCCCCAAAACCUGGGCAGACGGAGCCGCAGUGGGGCAGCCCGCCCCAGCGGCCCCAGCCUGGUGAAAGCUUAGGGCUGGCCCCCAUGGCAGCCACCAUUCCCCGGAGAAACACACUGCCAGCAGUGGAGAACAGCAGGCUGCACAGAGCUUCUUCUUGCGAGACGUACGAAUACCCACAGCAUGGAGGCGGCAGCGCUGUGCAGUCAGUCGAGUCGAUGAACGAUGGGUACAACUCCUACCUGCAAGCCAAGGCAGCGGUGGCCCGCUCCCACAGCACCGACUCCGAGGACAACUACGUCCCCAUGAACCCUGGUUCCUCGCCCCUGAUCCACACCGAGAAAGCCAACGACAAUGCCCAAAAUCUCUACAUCCCCAUGAGCCCUGGGCCGCAUCACUUUGACCUGGUGGGGUUGUCCUCGGCCACCCUCCCCGUGCAUAAAGGAGGAGCCAUGGCACAGUGCCACAGACGGUUGAGUGAAAUCCAGCCCCCACCAGUCAACCGCAACCUCAAACCCAACCGGAAAGCAAAGCCAUCGCCACUGGACCUGAGGAACAACACUGUCAUCGAUGAGCUUCCCUUCAAAUCGCCAGUCACGAAAUCCUGGUCCAGGCCAACCCAGACCUUCAACGCCGGCUCUUUGCAAUACUGUCGCCCUGUCUCCUCCCAGAGCAUCACCAGCACUGACUCGGGAGACAGCGAGGAGAACUACGUGGCGAUGCAAAACCCCAUUUCUGCUUCUCCUGUUCCUAGUGGCACCAACAGCCCAGCGCCUAAAAAGAGUUCGGGGAGUGUGGAUUAUCUGGCCCUGGACUUCCAGCCAAGCUCGCCAGGGCCACACAGAAAGCCCUCCACCUCAUCGGUCGCCUCGGACGAGAAGGUUGAUUACGUGCAAGUGGACAAGGAGAAGACACAAGCACUGCAGAGCACCAUGCAGGAGUGGACUGAUGUGCGGCAGUCCUCGGAGCCCGCCAAGAGCACGAAGCAGUAACGCCCGUGGCCAGCAGCAAAACAGGCAAAUGUCCCAGCGGUUUUCCCCAGCUGGGGCCCCACCGGGCUGCCAGCUCCACUUGGGCUGGAUUUCUAAGACUUGUCUAUGGAGGGGGUCUUCAUUAUUUUUUUUUCUUUUAAGAUAAAAGGAAACUGAAUUUCAGGGGAAGACUUGGCGGAUACUGUUUGCCAGUGACAAAGACCAACUAUGUUCGGUGGCUAGGUUUGUGCUUUAGCUGCUGGAUGCGCUAUCCAGGAACUUCAACUUAGCAAUACCAGGUUUCAUCCUACACAUCUUUUGCUUACAGCUAUUAAAGCCACCUUGUAUGUACUAACACCGUAUCAUCCCUCCCUGUCUUCUUCCAUACCAUACCUCCAAACUGUGCCAUGCAGGUUUGCAGCAUCUCUCAUAGAACAUCAUUCCCCAGCUCCAAUUCCCCAUUCCUUAUGGUUCCCCUCUUCUCUGCCUCCUCCUGAUCCCAAAACUGAGCAAGGACCAUUCCUUUUGAAAUCACUUCCAUUGUCCCAUCUCUUGUAAAUAAUGCGUUCAAAACCUCUGAGGGCUAUUCUCCUCCUAUCGGGACAGCCUUCAUGGUUUUGGUUGUGGUUAUUAACCUUCAGGAGCUUGAAGAGCAUCCAGACUGUCCCAUUGAGCUGACUUAGAAGCCCAGGACUUGCCCCACCAUACACACACGUAUAUGCCAGCACAGGCUUGCACACAUGCAUGCAUGCAUGAAACAGUCAAGUUUGUUGGGGUGUCUUCUGCUUCUGAUGCUUUCCAGCAUCUCUCAAAGUCAAUGGGCUGGAGAGUUUAGCUUUGGAUGGCAGAAUUUAAGCCCUGACCCACUGCCUAUCUGAAAGCAAUUGCCUGUGAAUCUGGCCCUAAGAACCAAAAUCUGUCCUUUGUGGCACCAAAAGAAGCCCAUAGAGUCCUAGAUCCGUGGCCGUCAUGAGAAGCUCUGUGGUUGAGUAUGAGGAGUGCAGGGAGGGUCUGGAGACCCUGUGUAUCUCGACUGGCUUGAGGAUGAGUGACAAGGAGGGAGUGUGAGGCUGUUGUGAGGACCAGGAGAAGGCAGAUGCUGUACUGCAGAGGUUGGUCUUGGGUGAGGAAGUCUGGUAGGGUGUAUCUUGGAGGAAAGGAGUAGAGCAAUUGAAAUGUUAGUUGAUGGUGAGGCCUUAGGCUUGGGAAGAAGCUGGUCAGGAGAGUCAGGGCAAAGUGUUUCAAUACAAGUUUUAAUGUAGCGUUACGGUUGGUCUGUGGUGGGUGCAAAGGGCUGGAGUAGAUAUUUUCUCCCCAUCUUCAGCAAUGUUUCUUCAACAGAGAAAUGAGGCUUGUUGAUGUUAACAACCCUAGGUUCUAAUUAUGGAUGGGAAUCUGCUGUUGCCCCUUGCCAGCAUCCUGACUUUCAGGCUUUGGGAUUGCUCCCCAGGCAGCUGCCAGGCGCAGAGAGCCGAGAAGGAAGAGGAGGUUUAUUGCAGAGAUAAUAAUUCAUGAUCUCAUGAAAACAGGAAGGACUAAUGAUUGCCAUGGAGCAGCCUGACUGCCAGACAGCGAGCGCUGACACGGGUAAACAGGCCGACCGCAAACCAAGAGCCAAACGAAGGAGAUGUUAGAAAGAUUAGGUAAUAAUAUUUAUUAAAUAGUUGCAAGCUGAACCCCUCCCAACGCCACAGGCUCUAUAUUCCACCAACACCACCAAGUUGUAUUGUUUAUUGAUGCUUAAAUAUUAACACAUUUGUUUAAGCUUGGCCUGAGUUUGGAAGGGGCCAGACGUCACCCACAUGGGGAUAGGAUACCAGUCCCUUAAGGGCUGCAUGCUGGUAAAAUAAGUCUUGAAAUUCCAACACCAGUUUAUAUUUUCUUCUCAUGUGCCAUGAAAGGGAAGGAUAUUAAUGGAAAAGCUCCGAUGAACCUUUUAAGACAUUGGAGUGUUGGCCUUUCACAGGAAUAGUGAAGCAAAUAUCCUAAUGCUCAUGGUAAAAAUAAUAAUCAUCUAGAAGAAAAAAAAAAAAAAAAGACCCAAAGGGAAAGAUUUAGCACAGCCAGAUGCUUUCUGAAGGUCAGGGAGUGUGUUACAGCCUGCAAGGGCCUUUGCCUCUUGUUGGGGGUUUGCACGCUUGCAUGGUGAGAUAAUGAAAUGAAGACCAGAGUACAGUGCUUCGUAUUUCUAUAGCCCCUUUCAUCACGGCAUCUCAGGGGAGACUAAACAUUGGACCUGAUCCAGAGCCCACUGAAGCGUGCGUUCACCCAGCUGGGAGCGAGCUCCCCAUCCCCACCAAAAAGCAAAUGUGACUCAAUCUGAUUUUUUCCUAUUUCAUCCUCUAAACUGCUAGGCGGACACAAAGGAAGAUGAGGUUGGGGGAGAAGGGUUAUGGUGCACGCUGGAUACGUUUCCUUGCCAAAAUUGUGCUGUUCUCCUCCUAUCACACUAAAACGCAGCCACCUCUGGGGUGGAUUGCAGCAGCAAUUUGGGGAAUAGCCCUUUAUGCUGCUUUGGGUCUGUCUCAGUAAAACAGUGCAACUGUUCUUGAGAUGAAACUGAGCCCAGCUCCAGGCCAAAAAAAUCUUGAACCAGAUGAAAAGCCUGGAGAAAUCAAGUGACAAACCAUGCUCGGAUUGAGUCUUUUUCUCCACCUGCGUGAUGGGGAGCUCAGCAAGUCCCAAAAGUACCCUGAAAGUGGACAGGUGAGGGGCAGGCAGCAGAAGUAGUCAUUUCUGGUGGUGCAGUGGCUUGAGGGACAACACAAUGGGUUGGGAUGCGUUUUGCUGAGUCGGUGCCCUGUGCUUCUGCACUGGGACUAGGUGCAUCCAGUGCCCACUCCCGCCUUUAAUCCAAAGCGUUAAUUAAGAUUGGAAAAGUCCUUCAUGAUGCUGGAGAAGCUAGUCCUUUUACUCCACCUCCCACAAAGGUCUGUAUUUAUUCAUGGGGCAGGCACUGGCUUAGGAUAGCUCUUUUCCCAGGCUCAGCCCUCCUGUUUUGAUGAUUUGCUUUCACAAGCAUCCCCAGUAACUGGCCCUUUGCAUUUGGCAGACCAAAGACCAAAUCAGCCCAAAAGUGGCUACUUUGCAACUGCUGAUUGCUGGUUCCUCCCUGCUUUGCAGUGAGAUCUAUGUUUUCCCAGAAACAGAUAUAUUCCUCCAUAUUUUUCUUCUGCUGAGCACCAAGCAAAUGGCCCCUCCAAACUAAAUAGCAGCCCAUAGACUCCAUGCAUUGCCAUAUAGACAUGACUACACCAACCCCUCCUGAAAGCCAUGAAGUAAUCAAUGGCUGCAGUGGAAAUAGUCAUUCCUGACAGUUGCUGAGCUCAUUACAGCAGUCCCUGAUGAUUAAUGUUUGUGCAGUAUUUAGUCUUAAACCAUAUUGAAAAGCAGCUGGUUUAAUUACAUGGACUGCCAAGAACUUUGUCCUGAAGGCAUUGAGUUUAUCACAUCCACUCUAUACUUGGAUGCUCAAGUAUGACUGACUCUUUUGUUAGAAAUAGGUAUUUUAGGAAGCUGAGAGCAUUGCAAGUGAUUCAUUUUAAUUGCAAUUAAAAUGGCUUGAGCCUUCACGUCAGAGCCUGCUCUUCAGCUCCCAUUUAAGAAAAAGGAUGUGCUUGCAUGUGUGUGUGUGUGUGCUCAUGGCGAAGGGUUGUCUGUGGGAUGAGCAUCAUGACUUCAAUGUGUAGUUUCAUGAAGUACCAAGGCCAUGGCUCAAAGCUCUCCCCAAGCUUUAAAAUGACUAAGCUUGGUGGUUUUAAAGGCAGGAGUCUCCAAAAGCGUGCAUCCCUUGCUGUGAGUGUGCAACCACUGCUCAUGGUUCCUCUGUUUGCUGAGAUGUUUGAGCUGCCUUGGAGCUGAUUUGCUUUGAACUGACAUUUGUGUGGUUGGUGGGAAAUACAUUUCCAGUUUUAAAUGGAUGCCAGGCUUAGGCUUAGUCUCAAGUCAGAGAAAGAAACUAGGUGUGAGUGCAGAUUGUGCUAGGGCUAAGCUGAGUGUCUGGCGGAUGGGGCCAAAUCCAGAGCCAGAACCAAAGGGUAUCUAAGGCUUGGGUUGACUGGGGGCUAACUGGGAUGGAUUUGGACCCAGGGCCACCAGCCACUGACAAGGGUUAUAUAUGGGGGAACAGGAGGUUGGGAGGAGUGAAGACAGGAGUGUUUGCCAGCAAGAUUUGUGUCUUGGUCCUCACCAUGUCCUCCUUUGGCAUGAGUCUGGAGUGAGGACUACAGAGAAGAUUUGUGGAUUGUGGAGGGGGGGUUUGCUUGGUAAAGGCCAUGCACUGCUGGGAGAGGAGCUCCCACCACUCUUGGGACUUACCCAGGAUGCUUCACCCUCGAGGGGGUCAUCCUGCCUGACAACAUGAUGCCUCAGUGCUCUGGCUUUCAAAGAGCCCCAGGCCAUGUGCCCAGUACUGAGCUGGGCAGGAGAAGCCCUACCAGAAAGUUGGUGAGAAUCUGGCUGUGCUGGGGGAAAUCUUGCUCUGGGGCUUCCUUGGGCUGAUCAUGGGGAAGCAGUGCUAUGGCUUCACAGGGCAUUUCAAGAGGUUGUGCCAUCUCCAUCCUUGGAGCUUUUCAACACCACUCUAGAUGAAGACCUGAGCGAGAGGGUCAGACCCCAUGGCUGAUGCUGCUUGGAGGAGGGGGUGGGACUAGAGACAUCUCCCCCCUCUGAUUUACCCUGAGAGCCCGUGCUGCCAGGGCUGAGCAGAGACUCCUCCAUGUGAUGGAAGAGGCCAAAGGCAGUUCCUAGAGUCCUAUAGCAUCCUAAACAGGGACAGGGCCUCUUCUCCAGCCAUGAAGCCAAGUGGCAAGGCACAUCUCAACCCCUAAGGCCAUACCAUUGAGCAAGGUGGCCUAAUCCAUGCUGGGGCCAUCCCUUGCACCUUGGAGAGGGCUUGCUGGCCCAGGCCAAGUCAUUCAGGACACAGACACACAGUCCAAGCAACUGGGAGCCAGCUUGAACCUCUAAAUUUGUUAGGAUAGGCGUUGACCCAGGGCUCUCUGGAGCCCCACACAAGUCCCUGCACUCCAGGGUCCCAGUCCCUUAAGCAUACCAGGAAGAGUUGGCUCCUUUCGGCCACCCAUUGAGCAUGGCUUCUUGGGAGGGGUAGAGCCAUGCCCAGGUCUUAUGUGGUGAUGGGCUUCAGUAGAAAGUUUAAAUAAAUAAAUAAAUAAAUGUUUAAAUAGCUCCCAGGUCCUGUCUGAUCUUGCUGGCCUGUGAGAGGAAUAAGAAGAUGGUUUCCUCAAGUCACACUUGCAUUGUAUGGGUGUUUUCCCACCUGGCAAUGUUGCUAUUCCAUGUGAAAGUUGACAGCUGCAGUGUGUGUCCCAUUGGAAAGGUGGUGCGUGGAUGAGACGGGUGCAGUAGGGGUGUGCCUAUAGAGAAGCCCCGCUUGUAAUGAGAAGGGUGAAGAGCAGAGCCCAGCCCCAACCCCAGCCAGGGAUUGAGCCAGAGGACAUGCACGGCCAUCAAAAAGCCAUCAGGAAAAUCAGAGAGACCAGUCCCGCAUCAAAUCACAAGAGCCAAUAAACCAGUUUAGGCCCUUGGUGAGCCUAUGUGCCUCUCUUCUCUGCCCAGAAAGCACCAACCUGCCCACGUGUACACAGUGAUCUCACAACUGUUAAUGAAGCUCUUGCAGGUAGAGAUAGGCACCUUUUGUUCAUGAUUUCUCUUUGGCCUGGAGCAGUUCAUCCCUUCAUCAGCUUGUUCUUGGAGUCUCAUCCUUGUAGUCGCAAUUUUAUCUGCUUGUUCACAACUCCUGGAGUUGUAUGGUUAAUCAGGUUGCUACUUCAGUGCCUGCUUUUGAGAAAAGUUGAUAUGUAACAAGGUAUCACAAAACAGCUCUGCCCCUUCUAACCCAUGGCCAACUGGUCCUGGCACAUG